AUGUCUCAACAAUUCCAACCCCUAAUUUACCCAUACAACAAUGUCCCAGUCCACCCAGACAGCACCAAUAAUAUCCCAUCCCAAUCCUCCUCCUCCUCAUCCUCCCAUUCAAACGGAUCCUUCGGGACAGUGUUCUUGGUCCUCGCCGUCAUCCUAGUCGUAAGCGUCCUGGCUUGCAUCGCCAACCGCCUCUGCAGAAGAAGAAGCAGCGACCACCACGAUCACAACCCUAAGAACACCAUGAAAAUCCACGAUCACGGCCCGCAUGGCGGCGAUGGAAAGCUGCCGAGAGAGUGGGAGGGGAAACUACAGAGCCAUGAAGGAGGAAGGGAUUUGGAGCUUGGGAAGAGAAUUAUUGGUUCUGCAAAAGUGGCGGCGGCAGCCGGUGGCGGUGGGGAUGAACCAUCUACCAGUAGCUUUAUGGCACCCGAUAAUGGUGGGGGGAAAGGAGAUAGAGCUGCUAGGUUUGCUGUUCAUCAUAUGCAGUUCAAACCCGCCACCAGAUCAUCAUACUAA